UGAUGAAGACAAGCAGCUGUGCUGUGGUCCUAACCGCACAAUCCUGACGAGAACAUCCAAAAGUCACGAGUGCUGUGGAGUUGACCAGUACGACACAAGGACUCAAAGCUGCUGUUUCAUUAAUAAUUCUCUUGUGAUACAUCAUAAUAAUUCCAGCUACUGCGUGAACAAGUCAGUGGCGUAUGAUGAAGACAAGCAUCUGUCCUGUGGUCCUAACCGAACAAUCCUGAUGAGAACAUCCAAAAGUCACGAGUGCUGUGGAGUUGACCAGUACGACACAAAGACUCAAUGCUGCUGUUUCAUUAAUAAUGCUCUUGAGAUCUGUUCCAAUAAUUCCAGCUGCUGCGUGAACAAGUCAGGUGUUCAACAACAGAAACCUGGACCUGAACUCACCGGUACUGAAUACCAGACAAGUACCUGUGAGUCAUCAUAUUGCAAUCGAACUGAAAAUUCGAGUGAAUUUUGCUCUUGUGAGAAAACCCAUAUCCCAGUGUCUCAAUGGAGCUGCCCCAAAGGUCAAAGUGAUGGUGCUGCUGCUGUGUAUGACCUACGUACACGUGCCACCUGUUACUGUCGUGAACCUGGCAAGAAGCCUUGCACAGAUCAAUUUCAUGGCUCCAAAGAACACCACUGCUGUGGGCCGAACGUCUAUCAGCUUCAGACUGAGAUCUGCUGCGAUGGACACAGACAUCCAAGAGUUGAAAAAGAUGAAAACAUGUUCUGCUGUGAGGUUCGAGCCUACAAUAUUGAAAACCAACAGAUGAAGUGCUGUGCAGGAACACUGUACAACAUGACACUGUUCAGCACGCUUGGAUAUGAGGCACGAUGCUGUGGAUCCAUUUUGCAAAAACCAGAAGAGAUCUGCUGCAUGGGUGAGGACAAGGAGGUGCUCUAUUCGGCCAAGACAGGAUUCAGAUGCUGUGGUCACCUCUACUACAACACCUCUCUGUGGUCAUGCUGUACAGGGAAUCUGAGUCCAUUAGAUCAACCAGGAUAUCAUCACAACAAGACGAUUAAUGAAUCCAGACUGGAGUCCAUAAACAACCUGAAUGAAACAGAUCUUUGUAAAGAAAUGCUAAUCGGGAUUGUGGAGAGUGUGUGUCAGUACAGCAUUGUGUUCAGCAGUGUGCUGAAAAUCCAUGAAAAAGAAUCGAUUGUGAAACCUCUGGAGUCACCUUACAUCCUGCAAACACCCAAUUUGUGCAGCCUCCCUAAACUGAUUCCUGGGAAGACCUACUUCUUUGAUGGAGUUAAUUUCUUCAUUGAUUCAAACCAUGAUUCCAUUCUCAAGUCACUGCAUUUUAUUAUUUUCAAGUGUUCCCAAUAUCAGAUCGCAGCUAGAUAAUCUGUUGGUCUGUGCUGGGUAGUUUUCCUUGAAAAGCGUUGUCAGUCACUCAUUAUUAAUCACUGAAACAGUAAUAACCCAUCAACAAUAGUUAUUAGUCACAUUACUUGUUACAGUUCUCUCUGUCACUUGCUCAUUUCUCUCAAAGGUGCCUUUUGAAACCUCCAAAGCCUGCACACCCUGUGGUUUAACAUGCAGCUAGUUUGCAGUUAUUCGCUGAUUAACUGCAAACUGGGACUGGCACUGGGGCAAAAAUGAGUUAAGGUCUUGCAUUUACUGUAUAAUUUGAAGUUGUAGCAGCAUGUUAUCUCAUUGUGAAGAACAACAGCACAAUUUGGGAUGUGUUGACACGACUGACCGUGGUUUAGCCGAUUAAACCUGAUUAUUCCUGUAGAUGAGGGUGGCAGACUCAGGACAAGCCAUACAUAUGAUGAAAUCACCAGCAAUGGUGUCCUGUUGAAGUACACCUGAAUAGUUGAAUUCAGAUUGAAAGGCAAGAUGUGAGAUAUAACAUUAACAUUAUUAAAUUAAAACAUUCCAUCAUGAUCAUUUAUCCCCAUAUCAAACUUUAUAUUUUUUUUAUUUAAAGUGUAAUAUAAAUAAGAAUACCAAAUGCAAGAAAAAAUAUGGGUACCCCUUGAUAGUCUGACAUGGCAUGCAGCAUUCAUAUCAUAGUGAAGCUGCUGGGUUCACAGUCCCUCCAGCUCUUGACAAAUUAAAUAAACUGUUAGCAGAGGCUUGCCAGCUAGCUAAGAAGACUUUGAACUUAUCAGAAGACAUAUUGAUGGAGGUUAGCUGCCAUUUUCAACUUCUAGCUUCUACACUAACUUAAAGGGAAAGUGAGCAACUCAGGGGAAACAUGGCAACAUGCUGAGUCUCAUUCCCAGCUAAUCAAAUACCUACAAAAAGCAGUAAUAAGCUCAUACAGCACUGAAAGAAGCCAACUCCUUUGCUGCCAUGGCAGUUGGUAGAAUGCAAGACUGUAAUACAUAGUUUGAUUUCCACAUAAGCUAAACUAAGCUAUCAGAUAAUUUGUAUUUUUUUUAUUUUUGCAUUAAAUUUCAUAGUAAAUUGAAAUUGUUUGCACACAUCCUCUCACGUACUUGUAUGUGUAAAUAACAAGAUUUAUCAUCUCGUGAUUGAUAAAGCCAGCAGUUGAGCUAGUAAUCUGUUCAAAAAUAUUUUGGACACAAAUAUGCUCAGAAAAAGGACUCAAUACUCCAGUUAACAUAAUUCUAAUUUCUGUUUGCAUUAUUUGCAGUCAGUUUGCAGUGCACAUUUUCCAUGUGAGUGUGAUUUCUGCACUGUAAUACACAAUAGAAAAAAUUUAAGCUGUUUUGCAAUUCCUGUGCUAUACAUUCUGAUGUUAACUUUGUUUAUGGUGUAUGUGAAUGAAAGGAAUGUAAGCUAGGAAAAGCUCCAUUCAUCAUGAGACCACAUGCUGAUGUCCAAUUUUAUAUUUCAUAUUUAAUAUAUGACAUGAUGACAUAUAUUUUGAAUAAAGUUAAAAUAAAUAAAACAUUUAUAAUGAAACCUGUUCUUAUUUUACUUGGUUUUUUUGGUUUGGGUGUGGUCUAAACAUUGUGGGCUGUUGUCACUGGGGGGACAUUCAAGCUAAAGUUAGCCAGGCUUCAAUCCACAUGUACCGGUACUGCAAAUUAUAACAGAAUUUACAGAAAAUCUGAAAAAAUAAGUGCAUGCAACAAACUUUUUAAACAAACAAAUUAAGUCAGGCUA